UUUUCUUAUUGUGUAGGACAUUCCCAGUAAAACAAAGAAAAAGCAGCUAUGGGCAGAGGAAAGUUCAAGGCCAAGCCCACCGGUCAACACCAAUUCUCCACUCAUGAGGAGAUUCUUGCUGGUACUUCUACUCGUCCUCGAACUUUUAAACGGUAUGAAGCUGAAGCAGAGGAAAAUGAGAUACCCGAAUCUGAAGAGGAAUUUGAGGAAUUCGAGGGUGAGACAGAAAAGCAGAAGGGUACUCAGGGUAUUAUUCAGAUUGAAAAUCCUAAUUUGGUCAAGCCCCAAGAAUCUGAAAGCAAAAAUGUGGAUAUUGAUAAAACCACUGAACUUUCAAGACGUGAGAGGGAAAAGAUAGAGAAACAGAAAGCUCAUGAACGGUACAUGAAGCUCCAAGAACAAGGGAAAACAGAACAGUCAAGGAAAGAUUUAGACCGUUUGGCCCUGAUAAGGCAACAAAGAGAAGGUGCUGCAAAAAACCAAGAAGAGGAGAAGGUUGCUAAAGUAUAGAAGAAGUUG